AUGGAAUUCGGCCUCACAAUCAGCUUAAAGAAGACCCAGGUGAUGGGCCAAAGCGUGGGUAACGAGCCAUUUAUCAGUGUGUUAGAUUAUGAACUGGAAGUCGCCCAUGAGUUUGUGUACCUAGGCUCUACGAUCUUGGAUAACUUGUCAUUUGAUAGUGAGAUUAACAAGCGCAUUGGAAAAGCCGCCACAACGUUCACCAGGCUGACGAAGAGAAGCGACAUCUGCCUACUGCUGCUCACUGUGCGGAAAGGACUGCCAGAUUGCACAGACACAGACACAGAAGAUGCUGCUCGAAUCAGUCCAACAGGGGCGCAAACCCAUGAUCCUUCGGGAUCGAAGGAUGCCUACAAUUACGAUUAUGCCCUAGCAGGGAAAACCUUCUCCCCUCAAUUUGGGGUUAAUCUAAGAAGAUGUCUUUUUGCCUGUUUUCUUCUCCAGGUAUGGUAUGCUGCCUCCUAUGCAGAGUUCGUGAACCAGAAGAUCCAUGACAUAUCUGAGGAGGAAAGGAAGGUUCUCCGAGACCAAGAGAAGAACUGGCCAUGUUAUGAAUGCAAUCGUCGCUUCAUGAGCUCAGAGCAGCUCCAACAACACCUCAACACCCAUGAUGAGAAGCUGGAUUUCUUUAGCAGAGCAAGAGGCAGAGGUCGCGGGAGAGGAAAGAGGAGGUUUGGGCCAGGCAGACGGCCAGGGCGUCCCCCAAAAUUCAUGCGCUUGGAAGUAACCAAUGAAAACGGGGAAAAAUGUGAAGAAGGAACACAGGACUUGCUGCAUUUUUCCAGCAAGGGGCAGUUUGAUGAGGCUGGAAAAGCCACACUGAAUGGGUUGGAACAGCAGGAGCAGACGUCAGUGCCACCAGAGACCCAGUCAGCACUGGAUCAACAGCCACUGCAACUUCAGCAGCAUCAUGAUGAGAGCCCGAUGCCUACGCAGAGUACCAUGACCGCAGACGACAUGAGGCGAGCAAAGCGCAUCCGAAAUGCAGCUCUUCAGCAUCUGUUUAUCCGAAAAUCCUUCCGUCCCUUCAAAUGCCUGCAGUGUGGGAAGGCGUUCCGGGAGAAGGACAAGCUAGAUCAACACUUGCGGUUCCAUGGGCGGGAAGGGAACUGCCCUCUGACCUGUGACAUCUGCAAUAAGGGCUUUAUCAACAGUGGUGCUCUUGAAAGUCAUAUGAAGUUCCACUUGGACCAGAAAACAUAUUCCUGCAUUUUCUGUCCUGAAUCUUUUGACCGGUUGGACCUGCUCAAAGAUCACGUGGCAAUCCACGUCAGUGAUGGUUAUUUCACCUGCCCUACCUGUAAAAAGCGCUUUCCCGAUUUUAUCCAGGUGAAGAAGCAUGUGCGUAGCUUCCAUUCUGAAAAGAUUUACCAGUGUACGGAAUGUGACAAGGCUUUCUGCCGUCCUGAUAAGCUGCGGCUCCACAUGCUGAGACACUCAGACCGCAAGGACUUCCUGUGCUCCACCUGUGGCAAGCAGUUCAAGAGGAAAGACAAGCUCCGGGAGCACAUGCAAAGGAUGCAUAAUCCAGAAAGAGAGGCUAAGAAAGCUGAUCGAAUCAGCCGCUCCAAAACCUUCAAGCCUCGGAUAGCUUCCACUGACUACGAGAGUUUCAUGUUCAAGUGCCGACUGUGCAUGAUGGGCUUCCGGAGGAGAGGCAUGCUGGUGAAUCAUUUAUCAAAGAGACAUCCGGACAUGAAAAUCGAGGAAGUGCCAGAACUAACACUGCCCAUCAUCAAACCCAACAGAGAUUACUUCUGUCAGUACUGUGAUAAGGUAUACAAGAGUGCCAGCAAGCGCAAAGCCCAUAUCCUGAAGAACCAUCCCGGUGCAGAGCUACCUCCGAGUAUCCGGAAGCUGCGCCCAGCAGGACCUGGAGAGCCAGACCCCAUGCUGAGUACUCACACCCAGCUCACAGGCACAAUAGCUACUCCACCAGUCUGUUGUCCUCACUGCUCCAAGCAGUAUAGUAGCAAGACCAAGAUGGUACAACACAUUCGCAAGAAGCACCCUGAGUUUGCUCAGCUGCCCAACACGAUACACACACCCUUGGCAGCAACCGUCAUCAGUUCCACCCCUGCAGUUUUAACCACGGACAGUGCUACUGGAGAGACUGUUGUGACAACAGAUCUGUUGACACAAGCAAUGACAGAACUGUCCCAGACCCUGACGACAGACUAUCGAACCCCACAGGGAGAUUAUCAACGAAUCCAGUACAUCCCUGUGUCACAACCCACAGCUGGCCUGCAGCAACCCCAGCACAUACAGCUGCAGGUUGUGCAAGUGGCCCAGGCUACCUCACCUCACCAGUCCCAGCAUUCCACGGUGGAUGUCGGACAGCUUCAUGAUCCCCAGACGUACACCCAGCAUGCCAUCCAGGUGCAGCAUAUCCAGGUCACAGAGCCAGUUCCAACAACUCAAUCAUCAUCACAGGUGAGCACCCAGCCGUUGAGUCCCUCAUCACAGCAGUCUCAACAAGAACUCAGCCCUUCCCAAAUGCAAACAACCACACCAGCACCCAGCCAAACCCUCCAGCAACAGCAAGGGUCCUCAGUCCAACACACAUAUCUGCCCAGCACAUGGAAUUCAUUUCGUAGUUACCCGUCUGAAAUUCAGAUGAUGGCCAUCCCACAGGGUCAGUAUGUGAUUGCAGAGACCGCUGUAGGUACCCCUGUCACAACCGUGAACACGGGGCAAGUGAAAGCAGUCACCCAGACUCAUUAUGUGAUAUCUGAAGGUCAACCUGAUCUGGAUGUAAAACAGAACUCUUCACUCUCCAGUGGAGUCCAGGUGGGUGUGUCUCAGCCAUCAGCACACUCUGAACCCUUGGAAUCACAAACAACCAAUCAACAGCAAACCACACAGUAUAUCAUCACUACAACCACCAAUGGGAAUGGGGGCAGUGAAGUGCACAUCACUAAACCGAGAACUUUCUCUGAUGAGCAUGAAUGAAGAAAUCCCGUUGUGUCGUCUGACUUCAAUGACAACCUCUCUCCCAAAACAUCUGGGUCUCCUGGAGCUCGUUAUGCUUUAAAGUGUUCAAUUCACUUAACUUCAGCUAAAAUCUUGGAGCUCUUGCUGAUGCAUUAUAAGGGUGUUUAGAUCACAGCAGAGCCUAAAAACACCCUCAAAAUCCUUUGGGGAUGCUGCCAUCUUAAGCAAAUCUUUAAGGAAAAGGAAAAAAUAAGUGGAAACUGUGCUUGCCAGAACUUUACUUUUCAGCAUAUCUGAUGACUUUAUAUUUCCUUUGUGGAAGUUUAACGGUAUGCAACAUUUAUUGUAAAGGUGGGGGAAAUACUUGCCAAAUAGCUAAGGGGAGAUUAUGCCCCAGGUACAUUUCUACCCUCUACAGUUAAACAAAAAGACAUUAUAUAAACUGUCUGUGGUAUUCGCUGUAUGUCAGCACUGCCCCGUGUGUCUUUAUUUUUAAAUGGCCUCAAAGAAAAGGAAUACAUUGGCUAGGUAAAGAGCAGAUCGCCUGGAAAGAAGGAGCAGCAGUAAACUGGUGACUCGGGGAAGGGGGAAGGCGUGUGUGUGUGUGUGUGUGUGUGUGUGUGUGUGUGUGUGUGUGUGUGAGAGAGAGAGAGAGAGAGAGAGAUUUAACAAUGAAGCUGUGAAGCUGUGCAGAAGCAGUCAAUUAAAUUAUUAUUUUAGCAACCUUUCAGAACUGUUUACAUGCUGUCUGUGGUGCCCUCCCAAGAAGUUCUGGGGAGAAAGAAAGGUGUAGUAUUGAAACCUCAGUGUUUGGAAUUGAAAUAAUAAUAGCCCAUGAUGGUAACAUUGAGCCUAUACUGAAUUUGUUUCCCCAGCACUCACGGGGAACUCUUCCUUUGUAAACCAAUAAAAGACUCAGUAAUAUUUAAA